AUGCUAGCGUUUGCCAGCAAGCACCUGCUCAUGUGCCCUGCAGACGCAGACAUGGCCGCUAGCAGUGGCCCAGAUGCUACUGUCAAUAAAGUGGCGUUGUGCUCUGCUGUCUUUGCUGGUUUCGCUUACGUAGGUUAUUCCGUCUUCAAAACUGCAUUCAAGAGACAUGCCAGGCGGAAGCGAAUCGGAUGGAGCCCACCCUUAGGAGCCAUUCCCCGACUCUUAAGCCAUUUAUUCCCUGAGGAGGAAGAUGAAGACUUGACCCUGGCUGCCCUUCAGACACUAUCCAAUAUGGCAGUGCUAACUGAUCUGCAUGAGACCUUCCAACCAGGGUUCUCUACAUUCUAUGCCCUCCUGAGCCACAAGAACCCAGCCAUUCGUCUCCAGACAGCAAAACUAUUGAAUAACCUGGCAUGUAAUCCAGCUAUGGGCCCUUGUCUCCUUGCAGCUGAGGGCCCCAGCAACAUUCUAGAUGUCCUCAAUGCUUCCCAUCAAGAUGAGGAAUUUCUGCUGCGUUUUGUGACCUUACUUGCAAAUCUCUGUUCUAUAGCCACAGGAACAAAGUUUGAUCCAGUCAUUGAACUUCCACCCCACUGCAAAGCUUCUUCUCCUGACACAAUGUACUCAAAGUUGUGCUCUGUGACCCAUAAGGAAGGUUUGCAUUCGGCUGCCUUUUUCCUCAGUCGUGAGUCAAAAAGUGAAGACAUUCGCUUUCAUGCUCAUCGCAUCUGUGAUGCUCUGCAUCCUCCACCUUCAACUCCUGAAUAGUGGAACCUGCAGUUCUUUUCCCUCCUCAUUGAUCUGUACUGCCCUGCUACCACUGCUUUGCCCAUGUCUUUCAUUCCUCAGUUGUUGUGAUGCCAUUCAUUCUUGUUCGUUGCGACAAUCGUUUGCAAAACGGUCAUUUUGCUUGUGCAGUCAUUCUUACCUGUGUUUAGCAUAUUAGUUACAAUAGCUUUCAUUUCUUCCAGUCAUGCAAACGUAGUUCCCAGACAGAGUAAUUUGAUGAGAGUGUGCAAAGCAGUUACUUUGGGCCAAUGAAGAUAGAGAGGUCUUUCUUAUACCUCCUGAUGUAUCAUAUUUCUUGUGCUAGCAGGUGUACAU